GAACCGGGGCGCGCGCUGUCUCAUCAUCUCUGCCAUCGCCACCACUCCCUCCACAUAGAUAAAAGACUGCCUCAGCGAGCGCAGCUAUCCUCAUUCCCCGCUCACUCCCCCCUCUACGCACAUCCACACUUGCCACCCGAAAAUAGCCCAGGCGGCAAAUACACUCUUUACCACACACACACCACAAACACCACAAACCCAGCAAUCAUGUCUUCCGCCACCUCGCGUGUGUCGACCGCGCCCUCGUCGCCGGAUCUCCACCCUGUUCUGGGCUUCUCCCAGCUCAAUAUGGCUUCGGGUGCUACCACCCCAGAGCGUCCCUCUUCGCCCAUUAGCUUUCCGGCCUCCCCACUGCCCUCUGGCAAGCACAAGAUCGCAGUCAUUGGCUCGGGCUCGUGGGGUACGGCUCUCGCCAAGAUUGCCGCUGAGAACGCUCUCCGCCACCCCUCGCGCUUCCACUCCGAGGUCCGCCUCUGGGUUCGCGAGAGGCAGGUCAACGGCAAGAAGCUCACCGACGUCAUCAACAAGACGCACAUGAACCAGCGCUAUCUUCCGGAUGUCCCUCUUCCUGAGAACCUUGUGGCGACUCCCAAGCUUACCGACGUCGUCAAGGACGCGACCGUCAUCAUCAUGGUGACUCCUCACCAGUUCCUCCACACCGUCAUCUCCGAGCUCCAGCGCGUUCCUGGCACCAUCACUCCCGGGGCACGCUGCGUGUCGGCGAUCAAGGGUGUUGAGGUUGAGGGCACCAACAUCUCGACCUUCGCGUCCCUCAUCGAGAAGGAGCUCGGGACCCCGUGCUCGGCUCUUUCGGGCGCUAACAUUGCGCUCGAGGUUGCCCAGGGCCAGUUCUGCGAGACCACCAUUGGCUGCCCCUCCGCGGAGGACGCCAAGAUUUGGCACGCCGUCUUCGACGCUCCCUCCUUCCGCGUCAACACGGUCGAGGACGUCAACGGCGUCUCACUCUCCGGUGCGCUGAAGAACGUCGUCGCCCUCGCGGCCGGCAUGGUCGACGGCCUCCGCCUCGGCGGCAACACCAAGGCUGCCAUCCUCCGCAUCGGUCUGCAGGAGAUGACCAACUUUACGCUCGAGUUCUUCGACGGCGUGCAGCCUGGCACGUUCUCCAACGAGUCGGCGGGCAUCGCCGACCUCAUCACGACGUGCUACGGCGGCCGCAACCGCAAGUGUGCCGAGGAGUUCGUAAAGUCCGGCCACUCGUUUGAGGAGAUUGAGCGCCGCCUGCUCAACGGGCAGAAGCUCCAGGGCACCGCCACCGCCGAGGAGGUUAACCGCUUCCUCACGGCGCGCGGGUGCGCCGACCGGUACCCGCUCUUUGAGAAGGUCUUCAAGAUCUCGUUCGAGGGCCUGCCCCCCGCUGAGCUCGUCAAGGGGUUGUAAACCCCCUCGGCUCCUGUGUACAUUUACGGCUCCAUUUCUCGCAUUUUCCCCGCACACACCACAUUCAACGCAUCGGGCGGCCACCCGC